CUAAUCCCAAGAUGCAGACAGAACUGCAUGGUGCUUUCGGAGUCAAAGAGUUGAGUAUCCUAAAUUGAUGUUAUAAACUGUUCGUUAUGCUCUAUUCAUACAUGGAGGCAUACCAAGCUUUUUUGUAUGCCUCAGGCACCAACUGCUGCCCUGUAUCUCUCCUCCUACACCACCAUCUCGUGAACAACCUUCAUCAUUCCUUGCUGCUGCCUAUGAAAAUGCGGAGCCUAAUAUCAGAAGAGCUAUGUUCUUUCUCAUUUAUAACUAUCCAUCAUCCUACCUCAAACGGAAUCUACCAUACCGAAUAAUCUUGUCUUUAUCACUAUCACCUUACUUCAAAAGAACCCCGACCAAACAAAAGCAAAAUGAGCGAUACACACCUUUCAAAACACCAUCCAACAGUCCGUGCCUAUCUCUCAAGGCAUAUGGCUGUCAGAGGCUUGUAUGCACAUCUUCAAACUGUCAACAAGACAUACCUCACAGAUGAGGAGAACCAUGUCUUGGGGAUAGAAUACUCCACUCUAGACUUUGGUUCUGGGACUACAUCGAACUUGACCAGUUCGUAUUUUCGUCCUACACCGCGAAAGGAGUACAGAAUAGCGGAAACAGGGGUUGAACUCGAUGAGUUCACUUGGUACCCUGGGAGCUGGCUGGAGAAGCUUUCUGGUGCUAGAGGACGGCGUGAUUCUUUGGUGGCCACCUACAUGGAAUACGCAAGUGCUCUCUGGGAAAAGUUUCAACCCCUAGCUGAAAAUAUCCGAUCUGCAGGGGCGAAUGGAGGCGAGAAAGUGAUUUAUCGUGACGGUCGCAGGGCUUCCAUCGAGGCCGCUUCAGAAUAUCUGCAGCAGCGAAGCUCGCACCGUACCCUCGUGGUGGCGAGUGAGAAUGACGGUGAGGAUGACCGUAUCACCGUGUCUGAGCUCGAAAUGUUGGUUAGCUAGAUGGUGG